AGCCGGAGUCUUACGCGCCUAAUUUAUCCCAACUCUCUCUCUCUCUCUCUCUCUAAACCUCCACGUAAGAUUCUUGAAACGUUCAUACGUCCCCCCCUGUCUCUCUCAAAACAGAGCAUCGCGAGUCCGCCAAAUCCAGUUCUUCUUCUUCUUCUUCUUCCUCCUCGCUCAGGUCUUUUUCUUCUUCCUAUCCUUAUACGUUCCCAAUUUGGCAACAAUGGCCAAGACUAGCUCUUGCCCAAACCCUCUGACUUAUUUCGCCACCAAGGCCAACAAGUCCACCCUCUUCUACCUCGUCGCCACCUCCUUCCUCUGCACCCUCUCCUACCUCGCCGCCCUCUGGCGCCGCCCCGGCGACUUCCCCCCCGCCUCUCCGGCCACGAUCUUCCCAUGCACAACUCCAAUCUCCGCCGCCGCCUCCGCCGAUCCCGCUCCUCCGCUGGACUUCUCCGCCCACCACUCGGCGGAUUUCGGGGCGGCGCGCGGGCCCCGCUUCCCGCCGUGUAGCGCCAACUUCAGCGAGUACACCCCCUGCGAGGACGUAGCGCGGUCGCUGAGGUUCGACCGGGAGAUGCUCGUGUACCGGGAGCGGCACUGCCCAGAGGGGGGCAGCGAGCGGCUCCGGUGCCGAGUGCCGGCGCCGCACGGGUACCGGAGGCCUUUCCGGUGGCCGGAGAGCCGCGGGACGGCGUGGUUCGCGAACGUGCCGCACAGGGAGCUGACGGUGGAGAAGAAGAACCAGAACUGGGUCAAGUCCAAAGGCGACAGGUUCUUGUUUCCUGGCGGCGGGACCAUGUUUCCCAACGGCGCUGAUAAGUACAUCGAAGACAUUGGGAAGAUGAUUGAUCUCAGAGACGGGUCUAUAAGAACCGCUCUCGACACUGGUUGUGGGGUGGCAAGCUGGGGCGCUCACUUAUUGUCGCGGAAUAUCCUGGCGAUGUCGUUUGCGCCAAGGGACACCCAUGAAGCUCAGGUCCAGUUUGCUCUUGAGCGCGGCGUCCCCGCGCUGAUCGGGGUCCUCGCCUCCAUCAGGAUUCCUUACCCGUCGAGAGCUUUCGACAUGGCUCAUUGCUCUCGCUGCCUCAUACCUUGGAGCCAACACAAUGGACUGUACUUGAUCGAGAUUGACCGGGUCCUGCGUCCUGGCGGGUACUGGAUCCUAUCUGGCCCGCCGAUAAACUGGGAAAGGCAUUGGAAAGGAUGGGAGCGAACAACCGAAGAUCUUAAGGCAGAACAGGCUUCGAUCGAGACUUUAGCCCGUCGCUUGUGCUGGAAAAAGUUGAAGCAGAAAGAAGACAUUGCAAUAUGGCGAAAGCCAACCAACCAUGUUCACUGCAAAAUCAACCGGAAGGUGUUCAAGUUCCCAAGUUUCUGCCGGUCACAAGAUCCGGAUAUGGCCUGGUACACAAAAAUGGAAGCUUGUUUGACCCCACUGCCUGAUGUGGCGGACAACAACAUUAAGGCAGUGGCAGGAGGCGAGCUAGCGAGAUGGCCCAAGAGGCUAAUCUCGGUGCCCCCCAGGAUCAGCAGCGGCAGUGUGGGAGGAAUCACGGGGGAGAUGUUUAUGGAGAACAUUGCUGUAUGGAAAGCAAGGGUUUCACAUUACAAAUCUCUAGACAAUCAGUUGGCCGAGCCCGGUCGGUACCGCAACUUGCUCGACAUGAACUCUUACCUGGGAGGCUUCGCAGCCGCUCUGGUCGAUGAUCCGCUGUGGGUCAUGAACGUCGUCCCCGUGGAGGCUCACGUGAACACUCUCGGAGUCAUAUACGAGCGCGGGUUGAUCGGGACGUAUCAGAGCUGGUGCGAGGCCAUGUCGACUUAUCCGAGGACUUACGACCUCAUUCACGCCGAUUCGGUCUUUACCCUCUACAAAGACAGAUGCGAGAUGGAAGACAUCUUGUUGGAAAUGGAUAGGAUCUUGCGGCCCGAAGGGGGAAUUAUCUUCCGCGACGACGUGGACGUCUUGGUGAAGAUCAAGAAGGCGCUCGACGGAAUGCAAUAUGAUAGCAGGAUAACGAACCAUGAGAAUGGUCCGCUUGAACGAGAGAAAAUACUCUUCGCAGUUAAGCAGUAUUGGACAUCACCAGCUCCCGGCUCAGACCAGUAAAGGAAAUACAUAGAGACUCCCUUCGACAGGAGUUCCCCAUCUCUUGGCCUGUCCAAAUUUUAAUUCUUUUUCGCCGAUAAAUUUCCGGCAUUUUUUUUUUCUCCUUCAUUGUGAAUAAUCUCGACAGUGAUUGAUUUUUAUCGUCUUUGUGCCGCGCCUUUCGGCAAUUUUCAUGGUGUUCAAGGUUGUAAGAUGCUAAGGGUCCUGGAAAAAUUAAACAUUUGCAAAGAGAUACGACAGCUUUUU